AUGUUAGUGUUACUGCUUGUUUCUGUUAUCCUGGUAUGCUGCUGCCAAUAGACCUGAGAGAGUGUUAGUUUCAAGAAGAAGAUGGCACGACGACAUGUCCUAGUGGCGGUUGAAGCCCCCAGGAUAGAGAUGAACGAUGGAAAUAAAAUUCCUAUUAUAGCUCUUGGAACGUACGGUUCAGCGCAAGACGUUCAGAGGAUGCGGCAGACAGUCACCUGGGCAGUAGAAGCUGGCUACAGACACAUAGAUACGGCAUCCAUUUACAAAAACGAAGAACAAAUAGGACAGGGCAUCAAGGAUGUCGUUAACAAAGGGCUGGUGAAAAGAGAAAAUUUGUUUAUUACUACUAAGCUUUGGAACGACAGGCACGAUCGUGAGCAGGUGGUCCCGGCUUUGAAGGAAUCCCUGGCUAACCUUGACCUCGAUUACGUCGACCUCUACCUUAUACAUUCUCCAAACGCUACGUAUGAGGACGGUACUCCAGCUAACGUAGACUAUCUUGAAACUUGGAGAGGCAUGGAGGAAGCGAAGGCGCUUGGUCUUACCAAGUCAAUUGGCGUGUCCAAUUUCAACGUCGAACAAGUGAACAGGCUCUUUGCCAAUAGCAAAGUCAAACCAGCCGUUAAUCAGAUUGAGGUUCACCCAUCUUUAACUCAGGAGCCUUUGGUAUCGCACAACCAGAAGUUGGGAGUCGUGGUGAUGGCGUACAGUCCAUUCGGAUUCCUCGUCAACAGAGAUAAUAUUGCUGAUGCCCCCCCUCCCAAAGUUGACGAUCCUACCUUGUUGAAAAUGGCAAGCAAAUACGGGAAGACCACAGGGCAAAUCGUGCUCCGGUAUUUGAUUGACCGCGGCACUAUUCCCAUUCCGAAGUCCACCAACAAGAAUCGUCUUCAACAAAACAUCGACAUCUUAGAUUUCGAACUGACGCCUGAAGAAAUCCACACAAUCAACAAAUUCAACAUGAACAGGGGAGUUUUUAAUUAAACUAUCAUAGUCGGUCAACAAGGAUCUUGUGGCAUAUGGAUGGCGAUGACAGAACGCAUUAUCAAUAAAAAACAGAGGUGUACUCGUUUUUUUUAUUGAUAAGACGACUAACACCAUUCAUUCACACCAAAAUGACGUAUUCAUAAAAUGCGAUAUUAGCACACCCUGGACACUUCAUACAAGCAACCUCUUUUUACACAGACACUACACAUUGACGUUAUCGUACACACGCAUCUGUGUGUGUGACGUCUGACGCCAUACGAUUCAAGCCUAAACUAUGGUCGAGGGGGCGUGAGGUAAACCUAGCUCAGACGUUGGUGGGGAACGAAGAGUUGCCGUUCUAUACGUAGUAUUAUUCCUUAUUCUAUGACAUUAGUUCCGAUUAUAGACACGUGCGUGCCAAAAGGUCCUUGACGCUAUAGCUUUUAUUGAUCCAUGAUUAAGAAAUGGCAUUGUUGUAUAUUAUCAUCUGAAAACGAAUUAUUUCAAAAAAUACUUAAAUAAAAAUAUGGGAAAAAUG